UGGGUGGUGUCGUUGUUUUCCGGCAAGAACUUCUUGUCAGACAUGGCGGAGAACGGUGAUGUUUUGACUAACGAAGGUGAUGAGGAGGAAGAAGUCAAAAACGGAAACCAUGGAGAUAAAAAAUCUGCCGCCGCCGGCCCGAUCUCCUUUGGGUUCAGCAAGACAGCUGGUAAAAGCAAAGUUCAAAAUUUAAACCGAGAGGCGACCGAAACAUCGGAGGAGAAAGAUUAUCUGACGGGGGUUGAGGGAAAACAGCUAAAGAGCACCAAGCCGUCUGAGAAACCCAAGGAGCUUAUUAUCCCGCUGAUCCACAAGAACCGCUGGUACAAAGAUGAAGCCGGUAGCAAGGUGGGGGUCGUGCAGAGGGCAGAGGAGCAUCCGGAGGAAGACAGCGUCGAGUCCUUGGCAGUGAAAGAGCUGAUAGAAGAGUCCCAGAGGCAGCAGGAAAAAUGGAAGAGUGGGGGGAGCCAGGGGGACUCCAAUCUCUCCAUCCCUCUGCUGUUGAUGAACAAGGUGCCGUCCGGGUUCGAGGACGGAGACAAGGUCAACGUGGACAUGCGUCCGGAAUCGUCCACUGAAGCGGACUAUGAAACUGUGCCAGUGGAGGUGUACGGCAUGGCAAUGCUGAAGGGAAUGGGCUGGAAGGAGGGAGAGGGCAUCGGCAGGACUUUCAAACAGGAUGUGAAGCCCAUAGAGCACCAGCUACGACCCAAGGGGCUGGGUCUCGGAGCAGACCGCUCUGCAAUCAAGGACCUGGACGAGAGCCAGCCCAAGCGACCCCCCAAACCGGGGGAGGAGAGGGCCCCGGAGGAGCCCCAGGGGCUGGUGACGGGGGGGCCUGUGCUGGUGGAGAAGGGGCCACACAAGGACCUCUAUGGAAAGAUUGAAGGGGUGGAUCCAGACAAUGCCAGAGUCAUGGUGAGGCUCGCCAUUGGUGGAAAGACGGUGACAGUCAGCCAGUACUGCCUGCGAUUGGUUAACAGGAAGGAGUAUGAGAAGAACAGCAGAGACCUCAGCCGUUUGAGCAAAGCCCACAAGGAGAAGGAGAAAAUGAAAACAGACAGAGAGAAAGAGAGGCUGAGUAACGCAGGAGCGCCAGACAGACACAUGGACCGGGAGAGGGAGAGGGAGAGGGAGAGGGACCAGCGGGGCAAAGACCGGAAGAGGAAGCACCAGUCCGAGCACGACAGACCCCAUGCCGUUCAAGAGCCCAGACAGAGCUCCAGCAAUGCAGGGUCCUCUCGUGCCCCGUGCUGGCUGCAAAGGGACCUGCGAGUGCGAUUCAUUGACAAGAAAUUCAAAGGGGGCAAAUACUACAACAGUAAGAUGACCAUAGAAGAUGUUUUAAGCCCUGAAAUGUGUGUCUGCAGAUCAGAGGAAGGUCGACUUCUGGACGAUGUGAAGCAGUCAAUGCUGGAGACGGUUGUUCCGAAGUCAGAUUCUGAUUUCAUCAUGGUGGUGCUGGGGCAGAACCGAGGGCAGGUCGGUCGAAUUCUUCAGCGUGACAAGGAGAAGGGCCAGGCCCUGGUGCAGCUUCAGAGAUCGGAAGAACAAGUCUUCAAACUGGACUACGAUGCCGUCUGUCACUAUGUGGGAGGAACGGAUGAUUAAAUCUGCAAGGGAGAAACAAGGGAAUGGGGAGGGAGGGGUAGAGCGGUGAAGCUGAGACACAGUGCAAAGGAAAACUCCAAAAAAUCAAGUUUGAAUCCGGAUCCUGAAUUCAAAGUCCAGCUCUGCCAUGUGUUGAGUUAAAGAAGCUGCUGAGGGGAGCCUCUGUGUAAAUGCGCACUAAUGGAAAAGGACUUCCUGUGAUCACACUGUAAAGGGGAGCCGUAUUUACAUGACUCUGAUGUGUGUGUGUGUGUGUGUGUGUCCCGCCUUCUAACCAGAGUGAAAGUGCUGGGGAACGGCAUUGCAGCGUAUGGAUGCUAACUUCUCCCGCAGUGGAAAGCUCUACAAAGUGGAAAACAUUGAUAUUAAUGCAAAACUCUCCAUAACUCAUGCACUGCUUGUCUUUUUAACACCUCCGCUCUCAAAUAACCAUUCUGAUCUUUAUUAUGUAUCAUCACUGUAUCCCAUCAUGCAGUUCCCCUGUCACUCGAUGCAGAGCGGACCGCAGGAACCUGCUUUUGCAAGAAAAGAUGAGAUGUAAGCAGGGGGAUGUUUUCAGAUGGAUGUGAAUAAACUCACCCCGUUGUUAUUUUAAUGUAUUUUUUUUUAAUUAUUAAAAAACAAAAAACAAAAA